AUGGAGCACUCGGACACCUCGCGGUUUGAGGUGCUGGAGGAAGAGACGCACUACCCGGUGACGCACCCACAGAGCGCUGACAAGAAGACGACUGAUGCUGAAUCCGAGGCAUCGAGUGAAACGACAGCGGAAGACGAGACGCUGGAGCAGCAACUGACGCGACUCGUGCAGAGCAUCGAAGUGGACGACCGUCUCGAAGCGACAUCUGAUCGUGCAGAAAAGGGCGCUAGUAAUGUCAAAAGAGCAUCGGCAGCAAAAGAACUCGGCAAUAAAUUUUUCGCGCGUGGCAGCUACUUGGACGCAAUUGAGUGCUACACAACGGCACUCAAACUCUGCCCUACCGACGACGAGUACGCGUACAACAGGGCAGUAUACUUUAGCAACCGAGCAGCUUGUCUCCUGCGGAUUGGGAGGACAGAGGAGUCCAUUGAUGACUGCACACAGGCAGUCACGCUGUCGCCUACGUACGUGAAGGCCCUUUUACGGCGAGCAGAGGCGUUCGAGAAGAUGGACAAAUUGGAGGAAGCGCUUGCGGACUACGAUGCGGUACUGAAGAUCGAUCCGACAGUGCCCACGGCGAUGAAGGGCCAUGAACGUCUGAAGAAGGUUGUGCACGAACGUCAAGAGAAGAUGAAGGCGGAGAUGCUGGACAAGCUCAAGGGCUUUGGGAACACGAUCUUGGGCAAGUUUGGCCUGAGCACGGACAACUUCCAGAUGGUGCAGGAUCCCGCGACGGGAUCGUACAGCAUCAACUUCCAGCAGAACCCGGGGCAGUCGGAUCAGGCGCGGCCGUCCCAACAGCAUGACAAGUAG